AUGGACGCUACGAAAGAAUCCAAACCACGUGAUGGAGGUCCGAUUCCAUAUGAGCUCGCGUCGCACCAUGCUUUGGGUGGUGGUUCUUAUGUCUUUUCAACCGAUUACGCCUCAUACCUGAAGUCCCUACUGCCUCCAGGAUCCAGGAAAACCGAAGUCAACAUCAUAAUCCAGCCAAACUCUUCCCCACACAUUGGUACACUCUGUAGCCUUGGUCUGGCGUUUACUGUCGCUCGUCGUCUGCAGGAUCUCGGCAUGGAUAUUAUCGUGAGAUGUGAUCUGUGGGACCGGGCAAAAGGGGAAGAAUCUGUGAUCGAGGGUAUCAAAUACCAGAGAGGUCUGCGAGAUACUGGACGCUUCCAACAACACCUCCCUGACUACAUAGAUAUUCUAAAUCUGCUCUCAAAACAAUACGCAGUGAAGUAUGAGCUGCGAUUUGAGAAAGAGUUUCUUCAGCAGUCUGGAAUCACGGCUGUGCUUCAAACCGUUAUAAAGAAUCGUGAGGUGUUGGGGAAACACCUUAUGCCUUCUACUGGAAAACUUGCUUUACGCGCACCUUGUCCCACUUGUGGUUUGGUUGACAAGUAUGGAGUCAACAAUGUCUAUUCAGAGGACUGUACAAGCGUUUCAUUCAGUUGCCCCUAUCAUGGCCGCUUCGUGUACACGACCAAAAAAGAUCCGCAACAAUUUCAAUUCAACUGUCAGCUUUUUAAUCUCGUUCUGGGGAUGUUUUAUGAGCAGGUUGAUUAUGGCUGGAUAGAGAUCUGCGGAAGCGACUAUACCGGAUUUUGGCAAGAGCAGCUCCUAUGGCGCUUCCUCUCAAAACCAGCUAUUAUCGUCUAUACACCAUUGAUCAGCGACUGGUCUGGGUCCAAGGUGUCAAAGUCAUUGUACUUACAAAAGACAGCAUAUGAUUACCUUCGCAAAGCAGGUCAAGGAUAUCUUCUCAGCUACAAUGUUCUUCGGCGAGAGGGUAAAGAUUUGACUAUGUUGUGGAAAGAGAUUGAGAGGUGGGUCGAUGAGCCGUAUCGACUUUUUCGAGGCUACAGCCUUCAAUACAUCCACCUUCUUUUUGAAGGCCACAAGUUACACCUCGGCAUCAUUCACGAUUCAAAGUGUCGUGGCUAG